GUAUUUAUAUUUUAUAGCCUAUUGAUCUCAUCUCCCAUUCUCACUCACAGUUGGUAAAUCGAAAUCCCACAGCUUUUCCUGCAACCAACAAAUAUGGCAAACAGUGUCGUCGAAACUCAACAGCAACAAGAACAGAACGCCAUUCCUCUUCUCACUCCCUACAAGAUGGGAAACUUCACUCUUUCUCACAGAAUUGUGAUGGCGCCGUUGACUAGACAGAGAUCUUACGGGAAUGUUCCUCAGCCGCAUGCUAUCUUGUACUAUUCCCAGAGAACCACCAAAGGGGGACUUCUUAUAACUGAAGCUACUGGAGUUUCCAACACUGCUCAAGGGUAUCAAGACACACCUGGUAUAUGGACAAAAGAGCAGGUUGAGGCAUGGAAACCUAUUGUUGAUGCUGUUCAUGCUAAAGGGGGGAUCUUCUUCUGUCAGAUUUGGCAUGUGGGGAGGGUCUCAAAUUCAAGGUUCCAACCAAAAGGGCAAGCGCCAAUCUCUUCCACAGAUAAGCCAUUAACACCUCAACACCGAUCUAAUGGAUUUGAAAUUGCUGAAUUCUCACCUCCACGGCGUCUAAGGACGGAUGAAAUUCCUGGAAUUAUUAAUGAUUUUAGACUUGCUGCAAGGAAUGCCAUGGAAGCCGGUUUUGAUGGAGUUGAGAUUCAUGGGGCUCAUGGCUACCUAAUCGACCAGUUUAUAAAGGAUGAGGUGAAUGAUCGAACAGACCAAUAUGGUGGAUCUUUAGAGAACCGCUGCAGAUUUGCUUUAGAAAUAGUUGAAGCUGUUGUUAAUGAGAUAGGAGCAGACAAAGUGGGGAUAAGACUGUCUCCCUUUGCGGAUUACAUGGAAUCAGGAGACUCUAAUCCAAAAGCAUUAGGCCUCUACAUGGCUGAGGCCUUGAAUAAAUAUGGGAUUCUCUACUGCCAUAUGGUUGAGCCAAGAAUGAGAACAGCAGUUGGAGAUGAAUGUGUAUGUCCUCACAGUCUUCUUCCCAUGAGAAAGGCUUUCAAAGGAACCUUCAUUGCUGCUGGGGGAUACAACCGGGAAGAAGGAAACGAAGCAGUGGCUGAAAAUCGUGCGGAUCUUGUGGCAUAUGGGCGUUUCUUCUUGGCCAAUCCAGAUUUGCCAAGGAGAUUUGAACUCAAUGCUCCACUCAAUAAGUACCACAGAGAGACUUUCUAUACCUCUGAUCCUGUUGUUGGCUACACCGAUUAUCCAUUUUUGGAGUCCACCGCAUGAGUUUGCCAAAGUGGAGAACUGGAAAUUCUCCCAUGUGUAAUGAAUAAUUCUCUCUUUU